CGAGGGCACGACACGCCUGCCUGCGGUUGCACCAGGUCCCCGGAUAUUGCAAGUCACCGGGUUCGUGUGCAGACCUUCGAUAGCCCGUCUCCAGAGCUCCGAAAAUGUUGGAAUUCUCCAUCUCCUACGUGGGGAUCAAUCGCAAGAGUACGCGGGGCUCGCAAAUUCUCCGUGGUCUCAUUCGCCAGAUCUCCAUGCACGAUUCAAAUGCCGGGGCUCAACGAGAUAAGCGCUGCAGGAGAUUCAUGAAAACCUUCCUGCUGCUCAUGCUCUUGACUGCGAAACUCACCACUCUGAACUCUUCGACGAAGGACGAAGAUGACGACGACGACGACGUCCCGGCGCUAGAAGAAGAUCCCGCCUCCUCGAGCCUCGAGGCCCCUGUGUCCUUCUCGUUCUCGGGAUUCUCCGACGUCGACAGACGCGAUCUGAAGUUCGAGUUCAGCGCAGAGCUGCCGUCGUCGGCGUCGGCGAUCCAACUGACGCCCUUCGACGUCGGCGGCGACGACGUGAAGGGCAAAUUGUUCUACAAAAAUUCGAUCCCGAUGAAAGACGAGGCCGGCGAGAAAACCGCCUCCUUCAGCACCUCGUUCACGUUCACGAUCAGGGCAGAGAGUCUUGGGGGAGGAGGAGACGGGCUGGCGUUCGUGCUCGCGGCGGACCCCGAGUCCGAGGGAGAGGCGGGGGGGCACUUCGGAAUUUUCACAGCGGCAGCGGCGCCGUCGAGCACCGUCGUCGCGGUGGAGUUCGACACCUUCAUGAACGCGGAGCUCAUGGAUCGCGACGCCAACCACGUCGGAGUGGACGUCGACGGCGCGGUGUCCCUCGUGAGCGCCAGCGCCUCGGGCUUGAACAUCUCGCUGAGCGGGGGAGAGCCCGUGACGGCGUGGAUCGAUUAUUACUCCGAGGAGAGGACGAUCGAAGUGCGGAUCGGCACCGAUGCGACCAAACCCUCGAAGCCUCUGAUCCAAAGCUCGCUCGACAUGUCGGUGGUUCUGAAGCGCAACAUGUGGGUCGGGUUCAGCGCGGCCACGAGCAUGGCCGCUCGUCAGAGCCACGAGAUUAGCUCGUGGACAUUUGAGUGCGAGUCGCUUGGCGGCGGUCUUUCUCUGUCGGAGAGGAUCUGGAAAUCGGUGGGAUCUUACGUCGUGUGCGCAGUCGGGGCCACGGUGGUCGUGUUGUUGAUCGUCUGCGUCGUAUCGUCUUGCUGUAGUCAGAGUUGCCAAAAGCACUGCCCGCGUUGUGUGAAAUGCUGCAGCUGCUGCACCAGAUGGUGUCCCUGCACAUCGAGGUGCAGUACCUGCUGCUGCCCUUGUGUGGGCGGCGGGUGCAGCAGAUGCAAGCAGUGGUGCGGGUCGAGAACCUGCUCCAAAUGCUGCGAUGAGGCCGCUGAAGCUAGCACUGGCUCUCCUCCUGGGGCUGGUGGUAAGCCCCAGGAGAAGCCCACGGGCAUCGUUCUGGACGAGGAAAAGUCUUGCCCGCAGGCUUUUCUGGACAUGAUCAGGGAAGAUGUGUCCGAGGAGAAGGAUAAUUUGGACUUGCAGAUGCCCCGGGGUCCUACGGCUUGCCUGCCUCAAGCCAAUUCCUUCUCCCUCCCAUUCACGAACCCUUUCUCUACCGAGCAGGUCUUACAACCUGGAUGCAUCUCCUCGCUCUUGUUCGGCCCUGACUCUGAUGAUGAGCUCGAGCCUGAGCCUGGUGCGCAGGGGCCUGUUGCUGCUGCUGCUGCACCAGCGCUUCGAGCUCAGCCUCUGGGGAGCUUGUUGAUGGUCAGCAAUACCGUGUUCGACAUGCCUCCCGAAGAGGAGGAGCAUGAAUUUUUAGACAGUCUGUGCCCUGAGCACUGUCCUGGUCGAUCUCGGCACCCUUCGGCAGUCGACUGUCUGAUUGGCGACAACUGCCUGAUCGAGAGUACUGUAAAACAUCAAAAGCUGCAGCCGCAGCAGGACGCGAGUCCACCGGUUGCUGAGCGGGAGGUGAGGCCCAGACACGCAGAAGGUGCGGCCAGCGCGAAAUUUGAAGACUAUACUCUCGAGGAGCAGAUUGCAAUGGGUUGGGGUUUCUUCUCGCCCUGAUCCGCCAGAUCGCAACCGACUCCACUGCUUGUAAUCCACUGGGUUUGGAACCCUUCGUGGUGAAAGGUUCGAGAGCAGCGCAACUCUGCGGUCCUGAUGUUGUCGACCGGAUUAUCAGGUCCGACAGCAAUAUUGCGGAGAGCUCGGCGGAAGUAGAGGUUUCAUAUUCCAGGACAUCGCAAUUUUGACCACGGACGGAGAGAGUGAAAAUUCGAUUCGGAGGAAACAAGACGAGGUAGACCGAUAUAAGAACGAUAUACAAAUUCCUCCUGCCACAGAACAUGUGCUGAGUUCACGUGCUACUUUGCAUCUGCAGCUUGGAUGACCUUGAAUCUUUUACAAAUUUCGACAUUAUUCCCGUCUUAACUGCGACUGCAGCCCGACAUUGGGUCUAGAUGAGCUUGACGGCAGAGACUUGUCCGGAAUCUGGGAGGACUCAAAGAUCCGAUGCAAGUCUGAAUUCUCCUUCUUGUGAAGCUUCAGCUUCCUGGACAUCGACAUGUCGAUCACGGACACAGUUUGAAAUGCCUUCGAAAACUCUAGAGUUUACCCUGCGCUUGGGGCCUAAGUCCAGUACAUCCGGAGGCACUGCCAUCAAUGUCACAACGAUCCAAGAUAUUAAGAAAGGAUAAAAACACUGGCUGAUAUAUAUUACCCUGGAUGUUGUGAAUAUAAGUUCCAUGAGAGUUAUAAUAUAGAACAUGUUCGCAUGAAAACC